AUGACCAGCACCGGGGCUAGGAACAGAUUGCAGAAGAAGUCGUUCAGUGCUUAUGAGGUGACGCGCAAUGAGUUUCUCAUCGACCACGGUGGAAUGGCCUUUCCUGCUGGGUGUGGAAGAUGGGACUGUGCCUUUGGGAAGAGAACUGAGAAACAAGGAUGGGUCAACCUUAUUGCCGGUGAAAGGACAGAAAAACUUGGUCUUCAAGUUUCGCUGAAGCGUGGUCCCUUGCCAAUAGAAAAGAAGAACGCCGCCAAGGAUGAAGUCCAGUCAAUGGGUUAUGGACCAGCUUGGUUUUCCAUUCUGAUUCUAUUCAAAAUAGUCGGCGCAACCUUUCGUUAUGUCUCAUUUAUUGCACAAGUCGAAGCUUUUACCGUUCUUGGCAUAUCUAUGUUUUCCUUGCAAAUGCCAAUUUACUAUAUCUUGGCCUCACAGAAAAAAGUAGAUUCAGAAGCGGAGUUGAGCAUCAAAAGCCUGAUAUUAAUACUUACUAAACCCGCCAGAAGCUUACUUGUUACGUGGUUCUUGGUAAGGAUAAUUAAAUUGGCUUAUACAUUCUUCGGAUUGUUAGUUUUGCAUCGGCAGAUGGAGUUGAUUACUAAUUCUAGUUGUGAGCAGCAACAUGAUCUCAGUCAAGUCUUAGCCAGCAACAUUGGCACAAUGAUUUUCGUUGCAGGAGGUGUCUUAAUCUUCGCUUAUGUGGCCACUUUUGGGAACUUGGCAAUUGAUAUAUCGGUUCGUGAAGAGAUUGGUGGAACCAGGGCAUUGAAGAAGGCUUCAGAGGUUUUAGAGGGAAAGAGGAAACUAAUUGGAUUUCUCGUGAAUCUGGUGCUGGGAGUUAUAUCUGUAUGGUUGUUUGAAGGGUACGUGUACUUGAACACAUGCUCAAAAGUGUCGGUGGAGUCUAAGAGGUUCAUGUUGAUGAACAUAUGGCACUAUGGUAUAUAUCAGGUUGAGUUUUACACAUGGAUAUCCUUCUCAUUCAUGUAUUCAAUGUGGAAGAAGGAUCGUGGAGAAGUAAAGUUUCAACCCCAGGGAAGCUUGAAACGCAUUCUGAUGGAGGAGGAGGAGGAGGAGGAGGAGGAGAAGGAGCCUUUGAUUUAA